AUGGAGAACUCGACGGUUCUGAGAGAGUGGUUCGCCCGAGUUGACUCGGCCAAUACGGGAAGCAUCACUGCACCGCAGCUCAAGAAUGCUCUUGCUGUUGGAAACCUUGACUUCCCUAUCUCAGUUGUUCAGCAAAUGAUCAGGAUGUAUGAUUUUGACCGGAAUGGGACGAUGAGCUUUGAAGAGUUUGUGGCGCUCAACAAGUUCCUUCUCAAGGUUCAACAAGCCUUCUCAGACCGAGAGAGGGGUCGUGGCUAUAUUGUUCCUGAUGAUGUGCAUGAGGCAUUGGUAAAAAUUGGUUUCUCGCUGGACUCUCCCGCUUUCUACACAGUCUGUGAGAGCUUUGAUAAAAAGAAGAAAGGAAUGUUCCGACUAGAUGACUUCAUAUCUCUUUGUAUAUUUUUGCAGUCUGCUCGUAAUCUGUUUAAUUCAUUUGAUACAGCUAAGCAAGGCAGAGUGUCUCUGGAUCUCAACCAGUUUGUCUUUUGCAAAGGUUUGCCUCCAGGUGUUAUAAUUUUCUCCAUGUCAGGUUAUCUGAAAAAUCACAAUAUGAAAUGCGGCAAUGACCAUGGGAUGCUGGGGAAUCCAAUUCCUAUAUACAUCUAUGUUUCCUAG